UGAGCCAAACGGGUAAUUCUCGGUGUGCGGGCGGUCAAGAAAAACUUCCACGCCAAAAUUUUCUGCCAUGGGAAGUGUCUCUAGCAAAGCUGGGCCUCUUUCCCCCCUUGAACCCCACCAUGAUGAGUUCACCAUGGCGCCCUUUUCAAAACGCAGCGAAGCCGAACUCGACCGGCGGAAGAUAGUCGGCAUCAACAAGGAAACGGUCACGGAUGUCAUCUCCACCGACUUCCCCGGCCACUUCCCGGGCGAGGACAACUCGUGGGACAUCGACACGUUCCGGGACGGGCUCAGCGUAGAAUUCCACAACAAUGAGCAGUUCGACGCCUCGUUCUCGCUGAUAGGCCUCGACGCCUCCAUCGCCAACGCCUUCCGGCGCAUCCUGAUCUCCGAGAUCCCGACCCUCGCCAUCGAGAAGGUGUUCAUCGAGAACAACACGUCGGUGAUCCAAGACGAGGUGCUAGCUCAUCGGCUGGGCCUGAUCCCGUUCAAGGGCGGUAAGGAGGGCCUCCUCCGGUUCUUGAAGUGGUGGAGGGAGCCCGAGGCCGACAAGGACCCGUUCUCGACCACGUUCGACUUCAACACGGUGAGCCUGUCGCUCAACGUCGAGUGCACGCGCAACGAGGACGCCGGUCCCGGCGAGGAGGACCCGACCAAGCUGUUCCGGCACGCGCACGUGUACGCGCGGGACAUUGUGUUCACGCCCGAGGGCAAGCAGCCGCGCUACUUCUCCGGCGACGACGCCAUCGCGCCCGUCAACCCGGACGUGCUGAUCGCCAAGAUGCGGCCGGGCCAGUCGAUCCAGCUGAUGAUGCACAUGCACAAGGGCGUCGGCGCAGACCACGCAAAGUUCUCGCCCGUCGCCACGGCAUCGUACCGCCUCAUGCCGACCAUCGACAUUGUGCGGCCCAUCCUCGGCGCCGACGCGGUCAAGUUCGCCGGCUGCUUCCCCGAGGGGGUCAUCGGGAUCGAGACCGUCACGGCGGAGGAGGCGUCCCGGGAGGGGAGCGGCUACGAGGGCCGCAAGGGCGAGCAGAAGGCCGUCGUCAGGGACCCCAUGAGGGACACGGUCAGCAGGGAGUGCCUCCGCCACGAGGAGUUCCAGGGCAAGGUCAAGCUGGGCCGCCGGAGGGACCACUUUAUCUUCUCCAUCGAGAGCACCGGCCAGUGGGACAGUGACGAGCUGUUCCUUGAGGCCAUCAAGAUGAUGAAGCUGAAGUGCGCCAAGCUGGAGAAGCAGGUCGUCAAAAUGGUUAGGUAGUUAGUCGUGGUUGGGAACGUGUACCCAUAGUUUUCCUCCUUCUCUUAUUUUCUACACAACUGGAGAUAGAUAGAUCAUUGCAAGGUGGCGUCCGGGGUCAAAAAAAGGCUGGGUAGUCACUUUCUUUAAUAGGUUGAUUGAUUUUCUGCCUAUCUUCAACCUCACCCGAGGCCUCGAUUCUCAAGCAUCACUAUGCACAGAGAUGCGUCCAGCAUAAUCCAACAAAUAUAUGGUGCCUGUCCUCCGACGCCCCUGACCG